AUGCAGCUUUAUAAACGCACCGCUAUUUAUACCCUUCUGGCUACUGCAGCCUGGACUUUUGCAGUUUAUGCAAAGUGUGUAACGGAAUCCGGCGUUAACACGAGGCAGUGUAUAUUCGAUCCGUACACUUAUGAGUGCUAUAAAAAGGGAACAACUUAUUAUAUAUGUUGUGAAUCAAAAGCGGAUUGUGAAAACUAUCAAUGGGUAUAA